AUGGUGAACAAUUGCGUCGAAGAGAUCAAUCACGAAGAGGAGACUAACUAUGCUUAUGAGAAGCAGCAAGAGGAGGAAGAAGAAGAUUGUGGAGAAGGGAUGAGGAUAGAGAGAUCUGGAGAUGGAAAUCAAAUCAGAGUAAAAUUGCUUAAACCAUCGAUUGAUUCUCACGCUCAUGCGCGUCAUCAAUAUCUGCACGCGCUUCCACGCGCUUCCACGCGCCGUCGUCGAUUAGUCUCUCCGUACUCCGCCGUAAUCACACUCAAACACAUUCAUUUCGCUGCUUCGACGUAG